AACACCGCGACGGCAGUUCUGCACGUCCUUCUUUUCCGAGUGCCCAAAGGCCCGGCUCCCAGGUUACCGGAAUAACCUGUCUUGACUGUCUGUUGCGGUUAGCUUCAGUCUUCUUUCGAAGCGUCACGCAAGAUUCAGCUCGGAUUCAAAGGCAAGUUCGGCGGCAAGCAGCGAGGCGAAAAGGUGGUCGAUUCGGUCGUGUAAAGAAGAGAGAAGAGAAGGACAAGCGGCUGUGGUGAUAUCGUUGCUGUGGAUAUUGUCGCGACAGCAAACGACCUACGAGCAGCCACGUGCCAAGAUCCGCCGUCACCUUGACUUUGAAAACAUCACCGAUCAUCAUGACGAGCGCACUAUCUUCGGGCGAGUCACUUACACUUUCAUCGCUCUCACUCGCCUGUAUUGGUGUGCUGGCCAACACGCUGCACGGUGAUGGUGAACCGCUCAUUGCGUCGAUAGCCUUCAGCGGGCUAGCAUUCACAUGCUGCUAUGCCCUGAUACGUUGGCUUGGAGAUGCGUUUAUGAAAAGGGGUUUCAAGGGGAAGGACCUGUGCAAGCUCAAGCAGACUGAAAUCCCGGAAACCAUGGGGGCUGUGUGCGCUAUGGUCUAUCUCUUCGUUGUUGUCUCCUUUAUUCCAUGGCCAUUCUACAAGGAUAUUGUUAUCGCAACCUCAGGGGGAGGCAAUCGGGAUUCCAUCAAAGAGAUGCAAUUGAUCGAGACUGGACGGCUACUGCACAGGUUUCCCCACAAUAAGCUUGCAUCGUACCUGUCUGCUAUUCUGUCUCUUCAAGCCAUCGUCCUACUUGGUAUUGGCGAUGACAUCUUCGACAUCAGAUGGCGACACAAGGUGCUCAUCCCAGCCUUUGCCGUGAUACCCAUGCUUGCGGUAUACUUUGUCGACUUUGGCGUGACUCAGAUGGUCGUCCCACUGCCACUGCGGCCUUACCUAGGAGAGCUUUUCGAUCUCGGCUGGCUUUAUUACGUCUACAUGGCACUCUUGUCCAUAUUUUCUUCCAACGGCAUCAACAUCCUGGCAGGCGUCAACGGCAUUGAAGUAGCUCAGUCGAUAGUCAUUGCAGUUCUGAUUGCUGGCAACGACGUCCUUUACCUCUCUCCCUUUACGCCUUACCCACACCCGGCAACCGACUCACAUCUGUUCUCACUUUACUUCUUACUACCGUUCAUUGGUGUCUCCACGGCGCUCCUAAUGCACAACUGGUAUCCAGCAAAGGUCUUUGUUGGCGACACGUAUUGCUAUUUUGCAGGCAUGGUUUUUGCAGUCGUCGCUAUUCUUGGACAUUUCAGUAAAACGCUGAUGUUGCUUCUCAUACCGCAAGCGUUCAACUUUGUCUACUCGGCACCUCAGAUCUUUCACAUCGUGCCCUGCCCCCGACAUCGGCUUCCGCAUUUCAAUGCACGGACAGGAUUGCUAGAGCCGUCGCGCGUGGAAUUCACCAAACCGCUACGACGACCGAUAGCGGAGACUCUCAAGGUGCUUCACCGGCUUCGGAUGCUGCACGUUGAGACUGACAAGAAGGGAAAAGUUGUCUCAUCAAGCAACUUUACGCUAAUCAACUUGUGGCUGGUUUGGUUUGGACCGAUGCGGGAAGAUCGGUUGACUAUGGGCUUAUCGGCCUUCCAGUUCGCGGUCGGACUUGUUGGUUUGUUUGUUCGGCAUCGCAUGGCGUUGCUCAUCUUCACGGCAGAUAAUCUGUAGUGCGUGGACAGUUCUCAAUAUCGCGGCGCUUUACCCUGUAGACUAGAAAGUGUAUAGUACAGUAGGAUUUGAUCGACAGCAAUGUACUGUUGUUGCUUUGGC